UGAAAUAUGAUCGAAACUCAGUUCUUGCAUACAACACAUACCCUGUAGGUACGCAAAGAGCUUUCCGGAAGCACGGUCCAAUAUUUGAGCUCAAGUGACGAGAGGACAAUCAGAGAUUGCAUAUUCUAGACUCUAUUUAACUAGUCACCUUGUCUAGAAAUUAGACCCUACGUUAAGGCUAACUAGAAUUCGGAAAUUGCUCUGCCGUUGGCUAAGACUUGGGUUGACCUUCAAUGUGACUAUACUGGUCAAGGAUAUGUAUGUAGUUGCGAUAUAAGUUAUCACGUCGUGACAAUGAGUCUUGGGGUAAUCUCGCCCACCUAAAUUACCUUCAUGUCGUGAUAUAUUGGUGAGUGUUAAAUAGGAAGCUAGCCCAAAUGCGGUCUUCAAUAUCAUUAUUUGCCUCCCUUUUGACCACUGCGCUGGCCAUAUCCAACAAUGGUAGCACGCCACUCUAUAAAGAUUCAUCAGCUCCGGUUGAAGACAGAGUGACUGACCUACUGUCACGGAUGACCAUCGAAGAAAAGACAGCCCAACUCGUCCAGGGGGAUUUGAGAAACUGGAUCAACAUAACAGAUGGCAGUCUCAACCAAACUGGUCUUGAAUGGAGUAUGCAAUACCGUGCCGGCUCGUACUACGUCGGCGUGGCUAUACCUUGGGAGAUGCUUAGUGAUGGCGUCAAAAUUGGGCAGGACUAUCUGAUGCAGAAUACGACGCUUGGGAUACCGGCUUGGGUCCAGUCAGAAGGAAUACAUGGCUUCCUAAUCCCGAACGCCACCAUCUUCAAUUCUCCAAUCGCCCAUGCUUGUUCCUUCAACCCGUCCCUGAUUGAGAAGAUGGCAAAAGCCAUUGCGCAGGAAGCUCGUGCUUUAGGCGUUAACCAAAUUUUCGGGCCUCUUGCUGAUUUAGCUCGCGAACUGCGGUUUGGUCGUGUAGAGGAAACCUUCGGAGAAGAUGGCUAUCUGACUGGUGAACUUGCUCACGCGUACGUCAAAGGUCUCCAGUCAGGUAAUGUCUCGGCCAUGGUGAAGCACUUCGCCGCAUUCGCAUCACCAGAACAAGGUCUAAAUACUGCUCCCGUGCACGGAGGAGAACGAGAAUUACGGACCACAUAUCUACCCUCCUUCAAGCGAGCGAUUAUCGAUGGUGGCGCGUUUUCUAUCAUGUCGGCAUAUCAUAGCUACGACGGUGUGCCCGCUGUGGCUGAUAGACACACCCUGACCGAUAUAUUAAGGGGAGAAUGGGGCUAUAAAUACUUCGUGAUGAGUGAUGCCGGCGCCACAGACCGUCUGUGCAAUAACUUCAAGAUGUGCAAUUCUGACCCCAUCGAUUCUGAAGCUAUAGUCAACCUUGCACUUCCCGCCGGAAACGACGUCGAAAUGGGCGGUGGAUCGUUCAACUUUGAAAGGAUCCCCGAUAUGGUCGACUCGGGCAAGCUGUCCAUAGACGUCGUAGACCAAGCCGUCUCCAGACAACUACGUGCGAAGUUCGAAAUCGGGCUAUUCGAAAACCCCUUCACUGAUGUCGCGGUAGAAGACCAGGCCAAGUAUAUCAACACACCAGAGACCAUUGAGCUCGCAAGACAACUAGACGCAGAAUCCAUCGUCCUACUCGAAAAUCACAACAACAUCCUCCCUCUGAAAAGGGAUGCCAACAUCGCCGUCAUCGGGCCCAUGGCUCACGGCUACAUGAACUACGGCGACUACGUCCCCUACCUCUCGCAAUACCGCGGCGUGACCCCGCUCGACGGCAUAACCGCCGCCUCCACAGGCAAAAUAACCUACGCGCAAGGCUGCGAGCGCUGGUCCUCCUCCCAAUCCGGUUUCGCCGCCGCCACCGCCGCGGCCCGCGAAGCCGACAUCGCCAUCGUCAUAGUCGGGACCUGGUCGCGGGACCAAGACGAGCUAUGGGCAGGCCUAAACGCAACAACAGGCGAACACGUCGACACCUCCUCUCUCAACCUCGUCGGCGCGCAGCCGCACCUCGUGAAAGCCGUCCUCGACACCGGCGUCCCGACGAUCGUCGUCUACAGCUCCGGGAAACCCGUAACCGAGCCGUGGAUCAGUUCCGCGGCUUCGGCGCUAGUACAGCAAUUCUAUCCCUCGGAGCAAGGCGGCCACGCGCUCGCCGACGUGCUUUUCGGCGCCGCGAACCCGUCGGGGAAAUUGAGCGUUUCGUUUCCGUAUGAUGUGGGGACUACGCCGAUAUACUACGAUUACCUGAACUCGGCGCGCGCGAGCCCGGAUCCGGGGCGGGUGUACCCGAACGGGACGAUGGUGUUCGGACAUGCUUAUGUGCUGCAGAGUCCGCUGCCGCUUUACGAGUUCGGGUUCGGCAGGUCGUAUAGCACGUUUGCGUAUGCGGGCGUGGCGCUGGAUAAGAGCGCGGCGGGGCCAGGGGAUACGGUGAGGGUUUCGGUCGAUGUGACGAAUGAGUCGGCGCGCGAUGGCGCGGAGGUGGUGCAGGUUUAUGUGGAGGAUGUGGUGGCAAGCGUUGUGGUGCCGAAUAAGCAGUUACGCGGGUUCGCGAAGGUUUUCGUGAAGGCUGGUGCUAUGUUGUUUCAUACCUAGGCACGUAGAUAAUGACACGGCACCUAGGGGUACGUAAUUAUAUACA